AUGAGCGAAAAGCACGAAGACCACGGGUCUUCACAGCCCGAUAUGACUUCCAAAACCUCCGCCUCGACCCUCCCCCUUCCGGAGAAGCCCAGCGCCGUAUACACGCGGUCCAAAGUCGUGGCCGCGUUUUGGGCUGUGAUCCUUUUCUUGGGAUUUCCAAUAUGGUGGAAGACCACCUCCAUCUACCGGGCCGAAUUGCCCAUCCAGGAUAUGCUCGAUUGGGCUGGUGGGAAGAGCUGCCGCCCUGUAUUUCCGCUCGAGAUCCGAUUUGAUACCCCGUCCCUACCGGACACUGAAGCGCAGCAACUUCUCCGCGUCACUCAACACACCCUAGACGAUCUCAAUGAGUUCUCCGCCCAUCAUCUACGCCUAAAGCUGGCCGAGGAGGCUCAACAUGUAACCGAAAAGGCCGAUACCGCGUUAACGGUUCGUCUCCAGGCGCAAGACGACCUCUCGAGUCCUCGUUCAGAGCUUCAAGCAGAUACGACAACGCUCGAUGUUUUCUAUGCUCCAAGCCAACUUCCGCCUCCUUCCUCGUCCAAUUCGCCGCUCUCCUCGUUUAUUGCUGGAGAACUGCAACGUUUGUUCGCGGAGGAGAAAGCGACAAUAGCACAUGUUCUGUCGAAUAACGCAGUGGGUAGCAGCGCCAACACUCCUGCAUCCCCCAACAGCCAGGCGCAACAGAUUUCCCCACAACUUGCGGAGAGUAUUACCAAGCGAUUGAGACGAUCGAUGAAGUACGCGGAGACGUACCACCUCGCAUUCUCUCUCUUCACACCCGGAUCUGCUCCCUCCUCAUGGGACAUUGAAGCCGCCGUUCAGGAGUAUAUAUCCCCACUUGUGCAGGCGUUGUCCCCGAUUAGCAAUUUCACUGUUGACACGCAAGUCCAACUUUACGCAACCUUCUCGCCUACGGCACCCGCUCCUGAACAUGAUGAAGCCCAGGCAGUCUGGACCUUGAAUGAAGAGAAUCUCAGUGCCUUCGUCAACGCCGCAGAAUGGCCCCUAAGCCCCAGCAUCGGGAGCGGUCCAACAAUCAACUUCAUACUCUACGUGCCCGCUCCCUCACAAUCUCCCCUCGUUGUGAAAGAAAGCAAGGCUACCAGCUGGAUCAUCCCGCAAUGGGGCGGCGUCUUCAUCCUCAACCCUCCGCUCCCUACAACGACUGAUUUCCCCUCCAACCUGCCUCAUCUUGCUCGUGAAGCCCUCCGGCCCGCCUUCCUAACAUUCUCCCACCAACUCCUCAGCCUCCUCGGCACCCCGUCAACCCCAACAUCCCUCCCCUUCCGCCUCCAAACCCUCAUCCGCAUCCGCGCUGCAACCCUCCUCCUCUCCGCCUCCUCAACAAUGGGAUCCCUCGCGCGUCUCACCGAGUCCCUCCCCUCAAUUCCCAUCCCCGCAACAGUUGCCUCUUCCGUCACCACGACACUCUCACAUCUAUCUUCCGCGUGCGAAAAUCUUCGCAACGGACGCUUCCAGUCCGCACUAGCUAGUGCCCGUGUCGCAGAGACAGAGGCCGAACGCAGCUUCUUCGAGAAAAGUAUGGUCGGUCAGAUGUACUUCCCUGAUGAACAUAGAGUUGCCGUCUACCUGCCGCUGUUAGGACCUAUCGGGGUUCCGCUUAUUUUGGGGCUGCUGAAGGAGGUAAAGAGGGUUGUCGCUGGGUGGAAGGCGAGAAGGGCACAAGGGGUUGCAUCGUCAUAG